GAGUUUUUUCUGCCUACGCUCUUUCUUUGCGCUGUCGCUUAAUUUCUUAAGCUCGUACGAAGCCAUGCGAGGCUCUCGUUGCGCGGGAAUUUGACAUUGCAUGUCGGGCAGAUCGCCUGCCUACGAGUGCUGGUGAAACACAAUCCCGGGGUAUUCAAACCUUUGUGUAGCUCUUGGAGGAGCUGGUUUUUUAUGGCGUCUGGAGGCAAGAUGAAGGCGCUCUUAGAAGCCGGUCCUGAGGAACGUGUGAAGCGUCGGAAAGUUGCUUUUGCGGCAAUUCCUGAAUCCGUUGUGUCUUGCAACGCCAAUGAGUGCAUGAAGUUGCUGUUCGUUAGUUCUGCUCAGGAUAUGCAAGAUGAGUCGCAAAGAGAAGAGAUUAUGUGCGAUCCACAGUUUGCGGAGCGAAUUUUUGGAGAAGAUGGAACCAUUUAUGGAUAUGAAGGCUUGGAGAUUGAUUUGUGGCUUCAAUCCAACACGUUCCAUGCUUACGUCGACAUACGUUUCAUUAAGAAGGUUGAAGGUGGGAAGAAUCCUCCUACAGAUAUUUGGUCACAGUUGAAGAAAGUUUUCGGAGAUAGCAUGACUGACGAUCGUGAGGCCUUUGUUAGUAGCUUAACCGUGAACUCACUUGCCUUCGAGAAAAUGAUUAAAGAGAAAAGCGAGGCCGUAACCAAGCCCUGGAGAAUAGGAUGUGAAUCUCCUGAUGAAUCAGUUGCUGAUAAAAAGUGCGAGGUCAUCGUUGAUGAGAUUUCAGAGAAGUCUGGACAGAUCGUGCGCAUGGAGCUCAUUGAUCCCACAGUCCGCGCAUGGCACAAAAGGCUGAAUCCACUUUCCCUUUUCUACAUAGAAGGAGCUCGUCCUAUAGAAGACGACGACCCUUUGUGGGAAGUGUACCUGGCGUUGGAGAUUCAUGACGACCGGAGGAAGAUCAUGGGCUUUUGCAACGUUUACCGCUUUUACCACUAUCCUGACAGCACAAGACUAAGAAUAAGUCAGAUACUCGUGCUUCCACUUUAUCAAGGAAUGGGUUACGGCUUGCAUCUUCUAGAGGCCGUGAACGACACUGCAGUCGGUCGGGGAUGCUACGACGUCACGAUGGAAGAGCCUUCGAUAAAUCUGCAAAAGCUUCGGGACACCAUGGACAUUUUGAGGCUGCUGUCGAUUCCUUCGCAGGAGUUGAAGGCGCAAGUUGAGGAUGCGAUUAGCGACGGCAUACAGAGACUGCAUUCGCGCAAGGUGCCGAAUUCAUCGAGGCCCGAAGUGCCUGAGGUCGAAGCAGCUUCAGCCGGAUCGAGUAAUGGCUUCCGCGGGAAAUCCUCACACAAGCUGACCAACGGUGUGAAAGAAAGGAGUCUCCUCGACCCCCCGAAGCAAUUGAGGGACCAAGUCAGAAAUCUCUUGAAAAUAAAUAAGAAGCAAUUCAAACGCUGCUGGGAGCAGCUCCUAUUCCUUCAUCUUGAUCCGCAGGACAAAGAUCUGCAGGACAUGUUUCAAUCGGGUCUGAUCCAGCGCUUGAACUCGGAGCUGUUCGGGAAGGACAAAGAGCUCGAGAAACAAGCAGGCAAACAAAUCUUUGACACCGAGAACGAAUACGACAGCUCGAAAACCUUCGUCAUGGUCCGUGUGAAAUCGAAAACCGGCCAAGUCCCGAGCUUCGAGACGGACGGUCGCUCCACGGAGCCUGCUGCGGAAGACAAGGUCAAGGCACUGCAGGAGUCCCUCAGCGAGAGGGAGGAAGAGCUCUACGGCGUAGCAAGGGACGUCGCCCGCCACUGCCAUCGGCUGGGGAUCGCCAUUCCCACCAUCGAGCACUGGACGAAGCCCGAGGCCCAAAACGUGGACGAAAACUCGAGCGGCUCCUCUUCGCCCAUGUAAAUCUGAGAAACCUCGCAAUGCCAGGAAAAUUAUUUCAGAGGGAAUCCUUCGCAUCGAGAGAAUGAGUCCGUGGUGAUCCACGGAACCCCAUCCGUGGGCACGCUGUCGAGACGAGGGAAAUGGCGAGGCUCCAUGAACCCGUAGCUCCGCGGAUGGAUCCUCAGAUGGGCCUCUGCUCCUCUCGGCCCAGAGAGAGCAAGACCUUGCGGUGAAGUGCCGCCAUACUUGUUGCAAGGGUGAAGAAUUCACCAAUUCUAAUUGUACAUGUAAAAGGAACACAAAGGGAAGAGCGUUUCAUCUCGUGGUCGCUCUCAUCUGCUCACUGUGGGGUCCGUAUCGGUCUGGCUCGGAAGCAUCGGAUGAAGUGGCCGGUCGAUUUCCGAAUCCUCGGCUGGACAGUUCCAUUAUGUAGCAUGAGGGAGGGAGAAGGCGGUCUCAUCCGCUUUCGGUGUAAGAAUGUCGCAGCAAAUCUAGAAUUGGAGCUGCAGCUCACGCUGCGCGCGGGGUAAGACGGGAUGUGUACGAGGCCAAGCCGUCGUCGUGAGCAAGAGCCUCGAUCGCUGUGACGACUGGAGAAAGUGCGGUACAGCGUGUCGGUGAAAUGAUGUCGAUCAAUUUUGGAUGUAGAGUUAGAUUAGAUCGCUGCACUUCGGUAUUUUUACUUCUGAAGCAGAGCUGUAAAUUAAAUUCUGAAGCCCGGGCUCAGGGAGAGGCAUUUGGCACCGUCGUAGAAAUCGUACUCCGAUCAUUUUGUCGUCCUGAGCCUCGCGGUCGGGGGCCGAUCCCUGCCCGCCACGAGGAGUGCUCGGUACCCCGACAACGACGGCUCAGGCACCCGUUCACUUUCUUAUUAAAGUCAACCCCACGGCAUGGUGCCCCCUACGGGGAAGUUAGAAUCCAAAGUAUGUAUC